ACAAUCCUGUGCGCAUACGUCAUAAACACGCGCCGUGCAGUUUGGUUCGAAGUGCAAAAUUGAAAAGGUUCCAUUAUGGCUCUGGCAGGAGUGCGUGUAAUAGAGCUCGCAGGACUGGCCCCUGCGCCCUUCUGCGGGAUGAUACUGGCGGACUUCGGUGCAAGAGUGAUCCGGAUAGAUCGGACAAAGUUGUCAAUGACUGUAGAUACUCAAGCAAGAGGCAAACAAUCAGUGGCCUUGAAUCUGAAGAACCCCAAAGGUGUCGCUGUUUUGAAAAGACUGUGUGUCCAGUCAGAUGUGGUUCUGGAGCCCUAUCGUAAAGGUGUUAUGGAAAAGAUGGGAUUAGGUCCUGAAGAUUUACUAAAAGAGAACCCGUGCCUGAUUUAUGCUCGACUCACCGGCUACGGUCAGAGCGGAUCCUACGCCAAGGCUGCCGGGCAUGAUAUCAACUACCUGGCCAUGUCAGGGUUGCUGUCCAUGCUGGGCCGUAGCUCAGAGAAACCCUACGCUCCAUUGAAUUUGGUGGCAGACUUUGCUGGAGGAGGUCUCAUGUGUGCAUUUGGGAUUGUGUUGGCUCUCCUGGAAAGAAGCAGGUCAGGACAAGGCCAGAUAAUUGAUGCCAGCAUGGUUGAAGGUGCAGCAUAUGUCGGCUCCUUCAUGUGGAAGUCUCGUAGCCUCGGCCUGUGGAAUCGUCCACGUGGGGAAAACUUGCUGGAUAGUGGCGCUCCAUUCUACGAUACGUACCGUACGUCUGAUGGAAAGUACAUGGCAGUGGGGGCGAUUGAGCCUCAGUUCUAUCAACAGUUUAUUCAAGGUUUGGGCUUAUACGAUGCUGACCUGCCCGCACAAAUGAGUGUAUCGGAUUGGCCGCAGCUCAGGCAAACAUUCACCCGGGUGUUUGCCAGCAAGACGCAGGAGGAGUGGAGUCGAGUUUUUGAUGGGACAGAUGCCUGUGUCACCCCUGUGCUGUCUUUGGAUGAGGUACUCUCUCACCCCCACAACCAGGCACGGGGGUCAUUCUUCAAGGACUCUCAGGGGGAAAUUAGCCCUCAACCUGCACCCGUUCUGUCCCGCUCCCCUGCGGAGCCCUGUCACUCCCGGGACCCCUUCAUCGGAGAGCACACUCGCUCUGUGCUGAAGGAGUACGGGUUUGAGCAAGCGCAAAUAGAACAGCUCUUAUCUGCCGGUAUUGUAGAGUGUAAAGAAGCUAAAGCGCGUCUGUAAAUCAAAGACUCUGACUGGAGAAUCAUUAAACUUUGUGGCCAAUGAUGCAGCGUGGGAAUCUGAGCACUUGAACUCCUCUGUCUUGUUAAGUGAGUGUGAGGGGGCAUUUCAGAACAAAAUUACUCUCCCUUGUGAAUCACUGGGUGCUGCAGUGGAAGUGGACUAAAUGAUCCUAUGCUUUUAUGUUAAGAUGUCCAAAAAAAUUCAACUCUCAUUUGUAAUUGCUGUAGGGAAAGUCAAGUGAGAUUAAAUUAAAGCCUAUUGCAAAUAUUCUGUAUUAAUCUUAACAUCCUUAUUUUUGUCAGCAACAUCAUCAGUCUUUCAAAAAAGAUAUUCAACGUUCACUUAUUUUUUAAGACCGUUUUGAAUUAAUAAUAGUAUUGUUGAGGGCAUUUUAUUUGUAGUUGAUUAAAGUGUACCGCUUUUGGUUGUGAAUUGAAAUACUUGACUAAUAAGCGCCUUCAGCAAGAA